AUGCAUUAUCAAUCUGACUCUCGCAGAGAAGGAGCUAGAACCGGAUAUGGAGAAGGGUUUGGCGAUAGAUCCGGUGAGUCCGGCAGGGAGUAUUGUAGCGGACCUGUCGUCACCAACUCCAACACCAAGAAAGACUCUGGUUCUAUCCAAUUCUGCAAGUCCUUAGGACUUUCCAAUUCGGGAAAACGGUUUGAUCCAACGGGUAAAAAGAAGUAUGUGAAACAAGUCACUGGUCGCCACAACGACACUGAGCUUCACCUAGCUGCUCAACGAGGAGAUUUGGCUGCUGUUAAGCAGAUUCUUAGUGACAUUGAUUCUCAAAUUACUGGUACCAUUUCAGGAGCUGACUUUGAUGACGAGGUAGCACAAAUAAUGACAGCUGUGGUAAACGAGGUGAAUGAGUUGGGAGAGACGCCACUUUUUACAGCAGCAGAGAAAGGCAAUAUUGAUGUUGUGAAAGAGCUUUUGUGUUACACCACCAAAGAGUCUCUUAUGCAGAAGAAUCUUUCUGGAUUUGACGCUUUACACAUUGCUUGUAGUCAAGGCCAUCGAGAUAUUGUCCAGUUACUGCUUGAGCAUGAACCUCUAUUGAGUAAAACAGUAGCUCAAUCAAACGCAACACCACUUGUCUCAGCUGCAACGCGAGGGCAUGCAGAAGUAGUUAAUGAGUUGCUUGCUAAAGACUCAAGCUUACUUGAGAUUUCAAGAUCUAAUGGGAAAAACGCGCUUCACCUAGCUGCACGUCAAGGUCAUGUAGAGAUCGUGAGAACGUUGCUUGAUAAAGAUCCGCAGUUAGCAAGACGAACAGACAAGAAAGGACAAACGUCUUUACAUAUGGCUGUGAAAGGAAUUAGCUCAGAAGUCGUGAGAUUACUCCUUAGAGCUGAUCCAGCUAUCGUCAUGCUUCCUGAUAAGUUUGGUAACACCGUGUUGCACAUCGCUACACGUAAGAAAAGAGCAGAGAUUGUGAAUGAGCUGUUACAACUUCCGGAUACAAACGUGAAUGCACUAACACGAGACCAUAAAACAGCUUAUGACAUAGCUGAAGGACUCACACAUUCAGAGGAAACACAAGAGAUCAAAGAGAUAUUAUCCCGUUGUGGAGCGCUCAAAGCCAACGAACUGAACCAGCCAAGAGACGAGCUACGAAAAACAGUGACCGAGAUAAAAAAAGACGUCCACACGCAGCUAGAACAAACCCGAAGAACCAACAAAAACGUGGACGGAAUCGCCAAGGAGCUAAGGAAACUCCACAGAGCUGGAAUCAACAAUGCGACCAACUCGGUAACCGUGGUGGCUGUCCUCUUCGCCACGGUGGCAUUCGCCGCCAUUUUCACGGUUCCAGGAGGCGACGACGACAACGGUGUGGCCGUGAUGGUCCACGCAACAUCAUUCAAGAUAUUCUUUAUAUUCAACGCCAUUGCGCUCUUCACUUCGUUAGCAGUAGUUGUCGUGCAGAUCACGUUAGUGAGAGGGGAGACUAAAACGGAGAGACGUGUGGUGGAAGUAAUCAAUAAACUGAUGUGGUUGGCAUCUGUCUGCACCAGCGUGGCGUUCAUUUCUUCCUCUUACAUUGUGGUUGGUCGGAGAAAUAGAUACGCAGCGAUUGUGGUUACGGUUAUAGGAACCGUGACUAUGACGGGGAUUUUGAGUAUAAUGACUUAUUAUGUUGUGAAGUCUAAGAGGACGAGGAAGGUGAGGAAGAAGGAGAAGAAGAAGAAGUUUGGUAGAAAUGGAACGGGCUCGUGGCAUAAUGCGAAUCCGUCCGAGACUGAAUCGGAGGUUAAUCCAAUUUAUGCUAUCUGA